UGUGAAUGGUCCCGUAGUCUUGUGGGACCUGUCAUGUGUCUGCAGUCUGUAGUCAUCAUCUCCUGUACCAUGUCCGCAGUCACGGGUCAUCAUCUCCUGUACCAUGUCCGCAGUCUCUGGUCAUCUCCUGUACCAUGUACGCAGUGUCUGGUCAUCAUCUCCUGUACCAUGUCUGCAGUCUCUGGUCAUCGUCUCCUGUACCAUGUCCGCAGUCUCUGGUCAUCAUCUCCUGUACUAUGUCCGCAGUCUCUGGUCAUCUCCUGUAGUAUGUCUGCGGUCUCUGGUCAUCUCCUGUAGUAUGUCUGCGGUCUCUGGUCAUCUCCUGUAGUACGUCCACAGUCUCUGCUCAUCUCCUGUAGUACGUCCACAGUCUCUGCUCAUCUCCUGUAGUACGUCCACAGUCUCUGGUCAUUUCCUGUAGUACGUCCGCACAGUCUCUAUUCAUCUCCUGUACCAUGUCUGCAGUCUCUGGUCAUCUCCUGUACUGU